GGAACUACCACAAGAGGCCGUAGCAGCUCUUCACCAUCUUCUCAGAAAAAAGGUGGUACAGGUGCUUCUUUAAAUAGGGCUCGUAGUCGCAGUAACAGUAUUCCCAAAGCAAAACAGCCUGUCAACCUGAAAGACGGCCUUUGUACUGGUGUUACCUGUCUUCUAGUGAAUCAACGAAGGAAGGUAGAGUCUGAAGACGCUGCCCAUAUGACUCUACAACAAGCGGUUGCGGCAAGCAGUUCUGGGCAAUUGACAGCAAUACCUGAUGAAGAAGAAAAGCAAAAGGCAGAGAACGCUUGUGGCUUUUUUGAUACGCGCGAAGGCGGCGUUGGGACGUAUCUGAAGUUACGGCCCAGAAGUGUUUUACAGAAGUAGAUCGUCUAGAAUAUCUUGAUCUUCAUCUGACCCUGACUAAAUGUCGUCCCUCUAAAACUCGCCCGCGGCGCGAAACCCAAAGCAGGAGACAAGCUAUACGUUGGCUCCAAAGAAGGCACCAUCUUUGUGGUGGACCUAACGUCGCUGGAUCUCGACCACGCUGUUGGGUAUAACAGUAAACUAGUCCAACUCCAAGACGCAAUGGGCGUCCAGAUAGCGGUCAUGAAGCAAGAAGCAGCAGCAGCACAGGCCGCGGCGGUUCAGAAUUCGUUUUAUGAAUGAUGGGUGUCAACAGUGUCACGGUAAAAAUCUAGAUGCACCUUAGAAUAAAAGCAGAUUACCAUGAAAUUAAUUGUCAGGACGAGAUUCGAGAGCAGAUGUUGAUGUUCUUCUAAAGCAGAUUACCAUGAAAUUGUCAGGAGCUUCGAGAGCAGUAGAUGUUGAUGUUCUUCUUCUUGUUACUCUACUUUCAGCUACACUUCUAAAUCGUCCAAUACAAUGCUGGUGGCAUGAUCAACUACAUGAGUCAAGAAGGGAGUCUCCCUGCCAGUGUCAAGACUAGUCCUCGAGGAACGGUUACUGGCGCCAUAGUCGCUGCCCAUGCACUUACAGAAAUGGGUGUAGGUGCUAGAUCUUCAAAUGCAGGAUCUCAACCAGUUGCAGGAGCAUCACAACCUCGUAGUGCCUAUAGCAGUGCGGCCAACAGUCCUCGUGGUGGAACUACAUCGCCGAUGGAUCAGACGCAAGUAGUGUUCGACAUGAAGGGACUCGUUUCAGGACCACCAACUAAGGGCAUUCUCAAAAACACAGAAAAAUCCAGCAAAUCGUAUGUCUCUUCGCUUGCGCCGACUCCUGGUGGUCCUUAUGGUGCUGGUGGAGCGACUCCAUACACUGGAGGAGGUGCAUUUCCUCUUCCCUUUAAUGUUCAUGUUCCUGCAGUGCCUGUGCAAGCAGUUGCUGUUGCUGUAAAUUUCAAACUAGGUUUGGGUGGAGGUGGUGGUGCUGGUUUUGGUGGAGGCGGACACAACGAGGAACCCCCACGCAUUGACCCAGACCAGCGGAGUCUGCUGAACAAACCGCCACGCUUGCAUUUUGAGGCCAAAUCAACAGGAAGUGGAGACUCACUUGUUGCGCCAAGUCGUGCGACUAGCAUUAAGGCUUGAAACUUGGCAUCUCUAUGCGCGUCUCUACGUCUUCUUCAAGGAGGAAGUUCUUAGAUCUUAUGCGAGCUAGAGACGCCAACUUUCAUCAAUCUUCUCUAAUAGCAGUCGAGCUUCGCCUUCAAUUGCUGCCAGUUUCGUCAACUUUGGCGGUGCACAGGUCUUGUCUUCCUCUCCUCCUGCGAGUAGCGCGGUGCUGA